AAUGUUUUUGUUUCAAGUUAAUUACUGUGGUCAGAGAGGAAGAGUGAGUGAUACUCAUGUUUAGCAACAAUAAAAACUUUUAUUACGUACGGGCUUUUACCGAUGGUACGGAAUCCAUUUACCGGCGGACUGGAUUGCUGCCUUAACGGACAGCCUUGGGGUGACAUAAAAUACCGACGAAUUUUGGCCGUCGGUAAUGUCCGCGAUGCAUUAGGUUAUUAGGUUUUAAAUUUGGGUAUUCCUUUCUCAAAUCGCCGAAAAUCAAUUUCAGAACUUCCUCUCCUCCCUUCCUGUUCUCUCGAGGUAACCCUUGUGUUGUGUGGGCGCGAGUUUGGUUUUCCCUAGCCGGUUUGAUGAGCGUGGUGGUGCGGACGCUGGCGGCGGUUCGUUGGUGGGUGGGUGUCUUCCCUUCCCUGUUCUCUCUUCAUUCAUAUUGUCUUCUGUCAGCGCGAGGUUGGUCGCCCUAAGCCAGUUUCAAGAGGUUGCUGUUGCGGACGCUGACGGCGGUUCGUUGGUGGCUGGUUUGCGGGUUGGGUGGCUAGGGUUGUUUUUCUUCGUUCUGGGUUCUGGGUGUUGCGGCAGGGGUGGUGGUUUGUGGAGCUUGGCGUUAGGAGGGAUUUGCCGUGAAGUUGGGUUGGCUGUUGCGUAGUGCUCCGUUGCCACAUUUUUUGGACAGAACAUGGCCGAAGUCCCCAACCACCGUGCCUGGAUGUAUGACCGUUGUUAUAGUGGAAGAAGAGGUUUAAAGGAAGCUUUUGUCGAAGGAGUUGAACAGUUUCUGCAGACGGCUCGACAAUAUAAAUAUUAUGUUCCUGAUGGAGGGAUUCGAUGCCCAUGCAUGAAGUGCGAAUGUACAAGGAUUUUGAAAGAUGAGGUGGUCAGAGUUCACCUAUAUCAAAAAGGGUUCAUGCCAAAUUACACGGUUUGGACAUUUAACGGUGAAGAAAUUCCUCAUACCUAUGAUCGACCUUUCAUUGAACCUUAUGGUCGAGGAUUUGUUCCUUCUAGAGUUGCUUCAGCAGCCAUCAGUUGGUCUAUUAAGGAUCAAUUUCUUCAGCCCUGGCCAUCAUGGGGGGCAAUCCCUGCAGAGGACAGGGAACCUUUCUGGCAGAGAUUUAAGCAAGAUGUGCAGUGGAUAGCUGAGCAUGAAGCUCAAAUUAAGAAAAACUUCCAAAGCAAAGCAUCUCAAAGACUAUCAAAAAUUUUUAGAGAUGCAAGGAUCACAGGAAGACGCCCUUAUUGGAUGGGGGAACACAUAUGGAACUCAUUGCUGGCACAUUGGACUUCGCCAGACUACCGCAAUAAAUGUGCUCAAAGAAAUAGGGCUUUAGAAAAAGGUGGUGUACUACACACGAGAGGAUCAAUCUCUACACAUGAGCAUGCCAUUCAUAUGGCAACAGAGCUUGGACAAGCAGUCCAUGUUGAUGAGGUGUUUACACAAACUCAUCUUCAAAAGGGGACUAGCGCAUAUGUUGAUGAAAGGUCUCGCAAGACUAUUGAAGAUUUUUCUCUUAGAUUCUCACAGGCCAAAUCUGAGGUGAGAUCUAUUUCUGAUGCUGCAUCAAGAGUAGAUGCCGGCGAUGGCAACAUCAGACAACCAUCUACAUCCGACACAUCUGACGAGAGCAAUGUUGUUAGUAGACAGGCUUAUGAUGCACUUCUAGCCAGACUUAAGAAUCUUGAAAAUCUGGUCAUGACAUUUCUACCUCAGCAAGGACAGAAUCAGUGCGUUCCAUCAUCGUCCCAACAGCAACACCCACCGAUGCAGCCCACCCCCAUGCAGCCAUCUGCCAACCAACAGCCACCUCCUCAGCAACUGCCUCUGCAAGAAGACGAUGAUGAUUCUGAUGAUUAUAAUGACUAUUAGGCAUUUAGGAACUUUUUAAAACAUUGAUGUAAGGCUUUUUAUUUUAAAACGUAGUUCUUUUAUUUUCAAUGACCAUCAUACAAUAACUAUUUAUUUUAGUUAUAUGAAUCUUGAAUGAUUGCAAACUGAUAUAUUGUUAACUUAA